AGUAGUCGAUCUCAGAUGAGAGCGGGUGUGGAUGGAGGAACAUGGCUCUCUCCGGAGGUCUGAGAUGCUGUCAAAGGGUUUUCUCCUGGAUACCAGUUCUAAUCAUAACCGCGGUCGUGUUGUGGUCGUACUAUGCCUACGUCUUUGAGCUAUGUCUUUUUACACUCACCAAUACAUUGGAAAAAGCCGUCUAUCUGCUGGUGUUUCACGUUUGCUUUGUGAUGUUCUCCUGGACCUACUGGAAGUCCAUAUUCACUCCCCCUGCGUCGCCCUGCAAAAAGUUUCAGCUUUCCUACUCAGACAAGCAGAGGUACGAGAUGGAAGAGAGGCCGGACGCUCAGAAGCAAAUCCUGGUCGAGAUCGCAAAGAAGCUGCCCAUUUUCACCCGAGCUCAGUCUGGAGCUAUCAGGUUCUGCGACCGCUGCCAGGUGCUGAAGCCCGACCGCUGUCACCACUGCUCGGUUUGUGAAAUGUGUGUCUUGAAGAUGGACCAUCACUGUCCCUGGGUCAACAACUGUGUUGGUUUUUCCAACUACAAGUUUUUCCUGCUUUUCCUCUCCUACUCGAUGCUGUACUGUGUAUUCAUUGCGGCAACGGUCUUUCGGUAUUUCCUCAAGUUUUGGAUGGGGGAACUGUCGAACGGGUCCGCAAAGUUUCAUGUCCUCUUCCUCAUGUUUGUGGCGCUCAUGUUCUUCGUCAGUCUCAUGUUCCUCUUUGGUUACCACUGUUGGUUGGUGGCCAAGAACAGAUCCACUUUAGAGGCCUUCUCCGCCCCGGUCUUUGUCGGUGGACCGGACAGAAAUGGCUUCAACGUCGGCAUACGCAGAAACCUGCAGCAGGUAUUUGGAGAGAACAGGAGGCUGUGGUUCAUUCCGGUCUUUACAAGCCAAGGAAACGGCCACUACUUUCCCUUGAAGAAUCGCAGCUCUGAAUCUCAGAACCCCUUACUAGCUAAUGAGGACAUGUGGGAUGAGUCAGACGAUGGGUCUGAGGAAGGAAGCUUCGCUGAGGAUCAAGACCCCUCUGUUACCAUAGAGAUGGAGGAAUAACUCGGGCUGGCGCAGAGGACGAAGACUUAUAUCGCACUCACUGUGUAACACGAGGUAAACGCAUUCCAAGCCACGAGGGUGUUCGGACACAGUGGAGCGGGGCCGAGCGAGCGGAUUGAAACCUGCGUUUGGAUCGCCAUCGCCAACUUUACCCUUGCGUUUUAAAUAUUGAUGAAAACAUAAAAAAUAAAAUAAAAAUGAACUCGGUGGAGGAUCAGUGGCAGCAGCAUCACCUCUCCCGGUACAGACGGAUUAACAGCAGCGUCAGUUUUAAGUUGUAAAAGAUUAUUAAAUGUUACCUCGUGUACAAAAAGCCGCGGUCACGCCGUACUGUAUAUUCGCCUCUCGUUGCUGAUCAUGACGAAGGCACUGGCACCCUGUGGGAUUAUUACUAAUGUUGUGUUGGGGGAGCUUCUGUCUGGCACUGUGACACGUCGUACGCCUCGGUUUCAAGGGUUGAGUUUACAGUGUUGUACAUUAGAGCCUGGUCCGCGCAGGGGCGGUAUUGAAAUUGACCUCGCGACCAGUCGUGUGGCCUCUACCAGUUUGUGUUUCGCAGCACAUCAGCAUUUGACUUUUCUUUUAUUUCCAGUGAACAUAAGCAUUUUAGAGUACCUGACUCAGCCUGCGCCUUAUUUAAUGCAAGUAUCCCUCUGCGUCAGGAUUCUUAGAAUGUAUCCUCCUGCACUCAUUUAUUUACCGUAUUAAGCUUAUAUUGAAUUUUUAUUUUUCCAAUCAUGACUUCUGAUGAGACUGGUGACGGUAACAAAAGCAAAACUGGUACAGAUGGAGCUCAUUACAUCUGACUAUUACUGCAAUACGUUUAAACAUUUUCAGCGUCGUCAUGUCCUGGAUGUACUGUAUAUCAUGACCUUAGUGCUGUUGGCUUGAUUUGUUUGGGAGAGAAACUAAAAGGUGCAGCGACAGGGUUGAUUUUUAAAUCUGGAAUGAGACAAACUGUGAAUUUUUUUUUCUCCCCGCAAUCUGAUUUUCCCAUCAUAUCAUCACGUCAUCCGCUAGUCGUAGAUAACACUAGCCAGAUGAUGAAGUGAAACCGCUUUCAUCAUCGGACACAAAAAUCACUCGUCAGAGAGGACAUAUUUUCUUCUAUGUCUAUUUCCAUUUUUGAUCUUUCGAACAUUCAGAAAACUGUACAUAUAUAUAUCUUAACGGCUGCUCCUCGUCCACUGGUUGGUAGAGGACAGUGGUCUUCUGCAAUAUGAUGUUGGUUUAUUUUGUACCUGUGUCUACGUAUUUUUAAAUUUUUAAUAUCGAUUGAACAGAUCCUCUUGUGUAUUUAUCCUGUGUGCUUAGUUGAAAACCAUUUUUUGUAAGUGAGUACGCUCCUCGUAUUCAGUAAAAAAAAAAAAAAAAAAGCUGGGCCUAAAUCCACCUUUUGAUUGUUUGAUCUCGACACUUUAAGACGCUCCAUCAGAUCUGUUUUUCUAUGUUGGGUAAGCCAAAUCGAAUGCUGCUCAUGUCUGAGACGUAGUUCUGUUUCUUGAUCAAGACAGUUUUAUCUGAGAUAUGAUUUGGCGUUUGAACGCAUGUAUCAAAACAUUAGGAAAGAUGUGAACGCCGAGUGUUUUCAUGUAGUCUUGUGUCUAUUUAUAAUGUUACAAUAUUCAUAUAUAUUUUUUUUUCCCCCGUGUGUAUUGACUUCAUUGAUUCACACCUGCUGCGGGCAGUGUCUGUAUAUUUUGCUCCUUAAAGUGAUGUUUAAAAUGAACUAGAGAAAUUAUGUGCUGUCAUCAAAUGGUAGAAUAUUUAUAGAGUUAGAAGAUGAGAAAUCAGGUGGCAGACGGUGGUCAAGUAUUACUAGAGCACAUAUGGUCCCAUUUGAACUGUCUUUGGAUCUUUAGAGUAUGUGAUUGUUGUGCUUCCCCCUUUACCAAAAAAAAUAAAAACUGCUUUCAUUUGCUGUUCUGUCUGUAAACAAAUAUAAAUUCUUUAUUGAUCCAUCAGUCGUUGUAACAUGCAAAAUAAAAUGCUCCGAGUUAAACUCUU